GUUUAGGACUGUGCAUAUUGUGGAAGGGCAGGCAGGGAAGAUGGCGUUAUCUGGGGUCGGUGCCCUUGUUACUGUCAGUCUGUGGCUGCUAUUUGGUAUCACGUCGGCGUCUUUGGGAUUCCUUAAUCUAGAGGAGCUGACGGAGAUGAAGUACGGAAUAGAGAUUCUGUCAGAGCCGGUGAUAAAGGGACAGAGUAAAGCUGGUGGCAUUGUGACGAUUUCCUCAAAGUACAAGCAGAAUUAUGAAUGCAAGCUCCCAGCGGUUGCUGUGAAAUUCCAGCAGGACAAGGAUGAAGAAUCUCAGGCCUACUCGGGGCUUGGAAUAGCUGAUCUUUUGAAGCCUAUGGAAGCAGCCCCAUGUCUGACAAAGACUAAAGACUGGUGGACCUAUGAGUUUUGUUAUGGAAAACACAUACAACAAUACCAUAUUGAAGAAACCGAGGUAAAAGGAGACAUACUAUAUCUUGGAUACUAUCAGUCAGAAUUUGACUGGGAUAAUGAGACUGCAAAGGCAUCGAAACACCACAAACUAAAGCGUUACCACAGCCAGAUGUAUGUGAACGGUUCUAAAUGUGAUCUGAAUGGGAAGUUGAGGGAGACUGAAGUUCGGUUCAUGUGUGAGGAAGGUUCUGGAGACUUCAUUGCCCGUGUGGAUGAACCACAGUCCUGUAAUUACGUGCUGACCAUUCACAGUGCUCGAAUCUGCAAUCAUCCUUUCAUGCGGCCUCCAACCACUGGCACCCCACAAGCCAUAAGAUGCCACCCUGCUCUCAGCCCAGAGCAGUAUGUUGAAUAUGUAAAAGCACAAGUCUCUGACACAAAGCGUAUAGUGGAGGAACUGUCUGAAGAAUUGAAGACCCUUGAUCUUAAAACAUUGACCCCUAAAAGAUCUGGUUCCACAGAUCAAGAAAAUCCACCUAGGAUGACAGAAACUGCAGAUCAGCAAGUGGAGACUGCAUCGCAAUCCCCUAUUGAGUCUGAGAGUACCGAAGAUGUUAUUGGGGAGCAAGAAGCCGAAGAGACUGAUAUCUGGAAUAAACUAAUCGAUUCACAAGACUCUGAAACGCAACCUCCAGAUACUGACACUAUGCAAGACACAUUCCCCACACUCAACACGCCUGCUGAGGAGCCACAAGAUUCACAAAAGACACUUCGUUAUAGAAUAAUAAGGAAUCCAGAAGACUUGGUGAAGUUUAUUACAGAUUUAAAGAAACAUCAUAAAAAGGAGGAGGAUGACGACUCUGAUGCUGAGAACAAAAAGUUGAAUAGGGGAGGAGAUACUAAUUCAGAGGCUGAAAUGACAGAUCCAGAGGAUGAAGAACAGGCCCUCAUGCAGGAGUUUGAGAAGGAGCUAGAAAACAUUCUGCUUCCAAAAUCUGAGGAAUCGCAGAUAAAGGAAACUGUGAAAACAGAAAUGGAGAAGGAAUUUGACAAUAUCAUUGAUGAGGCUCAGGAAGAGUUGGAAACUGAAGGGUUGAAGGGUGAGUUUGACCGGAAGCAAGCAUCAAAAUCACUUGCCACCACAUUGAACAAAUUAAUAGAUAAACUAGACAAUACUGCCGUGGAGAAAGAAGACGAGACAGACACGGUGGAGAACAAAGAAGUUAUGACACCAGGCAACAAUGAGCCCGUUGCCAGAGGGCCAACUGAUGACCGUUCGGAUGGCCGUGUAAAAGUCAGGGUCACUAAGAUACGGCGAGGCAGCUCUGAGCAUCCAGAGAGGAAGGUGAAAGAAAUGAGCAGCGAAAACCCACAGCUGAGACACAUUGAGAAUGUUGUUAAAGAACUGCUUGAAAAGGAAGGCCUGAAGGCAGAAGGUAAAAUAGAGAUUAAAAUCCUUACAGGUGGUUUUGGUGAUGAUGAUGAUGGACACUGGCUUUCAGAUGAGGACACAAGGAACCUGAAAGAUAUAUUUUUCAACAUACUGAUUCAAGGUUCAGAGGAUGCCCACAAAGAGCAGAAGAGGCAACAGCAGCUUGAGGAUAAUUAUCGUUUUGUCUGGAAUAAAAAUGACGAUUCACAAAGCACCAGUGCUUCUACGGAAUCAGACGAUGUGGAUUUCUAACCUAAAUGUCCAGGAAAUUGACCAGCACAUACCAGGCUGCCAACCUUGCCGUGUGAACUUGAGCUUUGUAACAAACCUUUUAGGAUAAUGUGCUGCUUUAUGAGAAUAGGAUUUUCCAAACCUAUGGAAGGAUAUGCAGAUGCCUCAUGCUUAGUUUACAACCAGUUUGACUGGUUACUGGAUGUGCAAUCCAAACAAUAGGAGAAUAAUUAAAAAAAAAACUGAAUUUAUUUGGAUUUAUUUUUCCUUUAGCUUUGCUGAAGUGAGAAGGCAGGUUUGUCCAUAAGAUUACCAAACAUGAUACGUGUGAUUACAGCCUCUCCCACUGGUAUGAACUUUACUGUACUUUCAUUUUUAAUAGUGCUUUUGGUAUUAACUGCCUUUUCCAUCUACUGUGAAUUCUCUUCAGUGGAAACCUCUUCUAAUCCUCUAGGAAUGUUUCCUAGGUAUACAGAAAUGCGUAUCUAUAAGAUAUAUCUAUGACGCAAUGAGAAGAAAAAUCUUCCUGUAAAGGAAAGAGCAGUUAUUUUAUCCAAAAAGAUUGCACACUUUGCUAUUGUAUAGCUCAGGAAUAAAUACACAUUUUUUUUUUUUUUUUUUCAUUCAGAGUUUAAAAGUCAGCACAAAGACUGAGCAUCCCCAGUCUACCAUUGCUAUAAAUGAAGGCUUUGAGAGAAAAUCUUCAUCUCAUUUUAAAUGUAUUUUUGACAACUUUAUUGUUGUUAAAGGAUAGUAUGGUUCUAGCACAUGAAACAGUUGAUCAUUGUAUCCUGCAGGAGAGCUGCACCACAUCUUGUUUUCUUACAGGAUUUGUUUGAAGAGCAUAAAAAAAACUCCAGACUUGCUAAAUUUGUGUCAUUUUGCAAUAAGUUUUUUUUUUUUUUUUUUGAGUCAAGUUUUUGUAAUUUGAUUUUAAUUUUUUUUUUCUUGCUUCUCUGAGGUUUUGAGUAAUUUAUGUUAAUUUUGUCCUGUGUAGAGAUAUUUAUUACAAUAAAAUGCUUUACUUUAAUUUUA